UGAUCAUAGUUUAGAUACAGGCUCAGGCUCAGGCUCAGGCUCAGGCUCAGGCUCAGGCACAGCAUCCCCCGUACUGCACAGGAACCCAGUUUCCUUUCCUUCAUUCAACACUUUCUUCUUCUUCUUCAACUCUCUCUCUUCAUUCAUUCACAAGUUCAAAGUCACAAACACACAAGCUAGUUAAGCUGCAAAAUUCAACUCAUUCUCCUACCUCUCUGCUGCAUUAGCUACCUUCCAACUUAGAGAUACAGAGAUCCAAUAAUGGAGUACGAGAGAAUACAGAAAGUUCAGGCUGGAAUAAUUUCUCCCAGUAAACUAAGGAUGAAGUUGUUGGGGCCUAGGAAGAAGGAUGGAUCCAACAGUAACUCAUCCAGAACUUCCCCUUCAAGAAUUGAGGAUGCUGAAUUUGUGAAUAGCUUACUUUCCUCAAACAGUGACAACCUUGAUGAUGAAGUUACAUCUCCAAGCUUAGAAGUCCUAUCAUUAAAGCCAUCAAGUGAUGCAGUACUGAAUCAGAGACAGAGUGACCAUACUUCUCAUGAACCAAAGGAGACAAUGCCUAGGGAAAAUGGUGACACAGUACGCGUAAAAACGCAGCAUUUUCAUAAGCUUGACACUGGAAGUUCAAGCGCAAUUCACCCGAUGAGAACAACAGAAGAUGAGAAUCUUGACUAUGACAGCAAUGCUAGCUCAUCAAGUUUCGAAUUUGAUAAAGGAGAGAGACCAGUGAGCAAUCCUGCAACAAGAUCCCGAUUGAGACCAAUUCCUUCUAAGUGGAAUGAUGCGGAAAAAUGGAUCAUGAACAGGCAAAAUACACAAGCAAGUUACUCGAAAAAGAAUAUCAAUGUACAUGGCCUAGCGAAUCGCUUGCAAGCGAGUAUGGUGAGGGUUGCUCCCGAGUCUGGUAAUUAUGAUCAUAAGCUCCCAGCAACCAAGGUGACGGAAACAAAGCGAGUCGAUUUCUGUCAACCAGCAUCGCACGCGGGAUUUGAGAAAUUCUCUUUUGUUCCAUCUGAUGCUCAUUCAGUUUCAGGUCAAGCACAUGGAAGAAUCCCAGUGGCAGAGUCUUUUCCCCAAAGCAAAGAUUUAAAGGAAGUAAAUGAUUUAGGUUUAUCUUGCUCAAGUAGUACAGAGAAUGAGACAGGGAUUCCUGGGAUAAGAUCUGUUGCCAUGAGGGACAUGGGAACUGAAAUGACCCCGGUGCCGAGUCAAGAACCUUCGCAGACAGCUACUCCUGUAGGUUCAGCAACUCCGAUACGCAGCCCAACUUCCUCAGUGCCCUCCACUCCUAGGAGAGGCGCACCUGCCCCUACACCUUUGGGCAACACAAGCGACGAGGACUCACAGUUUCCAGCUGUAAAAAGCAAUAAACAUUUGUCUGAAGAGGAAAUGAAGCUCAAGACAAGGAGGGAGAUUGCAGCCCUCGGCGUGCGGCUUGGUAAGAUGAACAUUGCUGCAUGGGCAAGCAAAGAUGAUCAGGAAAAUAAAAAACCUUCUGCAGCCGAAACAAAUGCCCGGGAACAGGAGCGAAUUGAAAUUGAAAAACGUGCCGCAUUGUGGGAGGAAGCUGAAAAAUCUAGACAUACUGCAAGAUUUAAGCGUGAGGAAAUCAAAAUUCAAGCAUGGGAAAGUCAGGAAAAGGCAAAAUUAGAAGCAGAAAUGAGAAGAACUGAGGCCAAAGUUGAGCAAAUGAGAGCCCAGACACAUGCAAAAAUGGUGAAAAAGAUUGCUAUGGCAAGGCAAAGAUCAGAAGAAAAACGUGCGGCAGCCGAAGCUAGAAAAAAUCGAGAAGCAGAAAGGACUGCAGCUCAAGCAGAAUACAUACGCCAAACAGGAAAAUUGCCAUCUUACACUCACAUUUGUUGUGGUUGGCUGUGAUAUAUAUAUUACCUUGAAGACAACAUUGCAAUUUAUUAGAGGAUAAAUUUGCACCUUUUUUCCCAGGAUUGCUCAUCUUUUUAUGGGUCACUAAAAUGUUAUAUCAUCUUAGUGCAUGUUUGGAAAUCCAUCUAAAAUUGAUUCUGAAAUCAAUCAAUUUUUGGGUAAAGUUCCGUGAGUGAGUAGUUUCUAGGCGCUAGAAUUGAUUGAGGGGAGAAGUUGAUCCAUUAUACGUUCCCAAAACCUUGUAAUUUACAAGCAACCUGUGUGUGUGAGUUGCUACAUAAAAGCGAUUGUUAGUGAUGAUGUUUACAAGCCAGGAAACUGUCUUCUUUCAAGGGAGAAAAAUGAAAUGUUUGUUUCAAUGUA